AUGAAUAUUUAUAUUCGUAAAUCUAUUCAAAACGGCAUCCAACAACGAUCUCAACGAUUUCGCUUUCCUGUAGCUCGUUAUACUCGUCGAGAAUUUCCUUUACCCGGUCCGUUCAUAAGUUUUAUGCCUUGGAUUCCAAUAUUUGCUGAUCGAUUAACACGACAAACAAUUAUAUAUUCGUCUACAGGAAUAUACAUAUUACCUCCAUUAAUUAAUUUUUAUGGUAAAAUGUUUUCAAUUGCGGAACUCAUUAUGUCUGGCUAUGCUAGUCUUGUUGAUGGCGGUUCUCAACCGACAGGUCCCAUCAAUAUGAUACCUUAUUUUCAACCAAGACCACUGUAUGGUACUAGUAUACCGAGAAUUAAUCGAUUGACAGGUGGUUUUGUUGGUGGUAUUAAAACGGACUAUAAAUCUUUCAAUAUUCGAAAAUAUUCAAGAACACGUAUCAAUAUAGAUACUUCGUCUGAAACAGAAGAGAAAAACGAAGAUGAGAAUCAGACUCCUUCAUAUUCACAAGAAAGCAAUAACAAACCAAAACCACAACGUCGAAUACGACCACAAUCACGAUCACGAUCAAAUUCUCCGUGUCAAAACAAACAAGAUUCUAUAUACGAUUAUAUUGUUGUUGGCUCAGGUGCAGGUGGUGCAACAAUAGCUACACGUUUAGCAUUGAAUAAUUUUAAAGUAUUGUUAAUCGAAGCUGGUCCUGACUAUGAUGAUGGUAUUACAAGAACACCAAGAUUUUGGCAACUUGCUCAAUUAAAUCCGAAUAUAACCGUUAAUUUUAAUCCUUAUCUCUAUUCAGAAAAAGAUAAUAUAACAAUACAAUAUCCAAGAGGUGUAACUUUAGGUGGUAGUGCAGAAAUCAAUGUUAUGGUAGCAAUGACAGCAAAUCCAUUAGAAUGGGAUUAUAUAGAAAAAGUUACCGGUGAUUCAAAUUGGAACUAUAAAAAUAUUGAAAACAAAUAUGAAAAAUUGGCAGACGAUUGUCAGUAUUGUAAGAAUGAUGAUGACAAUAGGCAUGGUUGGUUAAAUACUACCGUAUCAGUUUAUCAAGAUCUAUUGCCAUUGAGUGAGACAAAUCCUCUUUUUAAUCAUUUAAUUAAUGAUAUUAAAACAAAAGUGAAAUUUAAUGGAAAUAUUAAUGAAAAAAAUGAUUACGAUAGUUAUUUCUAUUCACCUGAAUCAGUUACUAAAGAAACAGGCAUAAGAAGUAGUUCUUAUAAACGUAUAAAAAAUGUACAAAAUAUAAAAAAGUCAAAUUUACAUGUAUGCACAAAUACUUUUGUUACAAAAUUAAUUAUUGAUCCACAGAAAAAAGAAGCAUGUGGUGUUGAAUAUAUUAAUGGUUCAUAUUUAUAUAAAGCAAGUUCAUUAGCAUCACAGACUCUAAAUAGUAAUCAAUUGAAAAAAUCUUCAAUUUAUGCAAAACGUGAAAUUAUUGUGUCAGGUGGACAAUGGAUGACGCCGCAAUUAUUACAAUUGAGUGGUAUUGGUGAUAAAGAUUUAUUAAAAAAAUUUGGAAUUCCAGUUAUACAAGGUUUACCUGGUGUUGGUAUUAAUCAACAAGAUCGUUCGGAAGGAGUAUAUGUUGUUAAAUUAAAAGAAAAUGUUAAUAUAGCUGGUAUAAGAAGUAUUAAUUGUACAUACAAUGCUACACCUGAUGAUCCAUGUUUAAUUGAUUAUAUGAAACAUCCUCAAACUGCUUUGUAUGCAUCAAAUAGUGUUCUUUUUGCUAUACUUCAUUCUACUCAGCCAAAACUACCAAAAUUACCCGAUACUGCAUUAGUAUUCUUACCAGUACGAUUUACUGGUUUUAGAGAAAAUUGGGUAAAUGAAUCAUUAGAGUAUCCCGUAGGAACAUAUUUAUCUGUUAUUAUAAAUCUUGCACAUGUUGACAAUAAUGUGGGUUCAGUUCGUAUUCAAUCUACUAAUGCAUUUGAUACACCAUUGAUUCAAUUAAAACAUUUUAGUGGUCCAAAUAAACAAAUUGAUCUUAGUAGAACAAUACAAAGUAUUCGAUAUCUACGAACUUUAUUAUUUAACAGUUCAUUUUCUCAAUAUAUUGAUUAUGAAGAAUUACCUGGUGAUCAAGUACAAACUGAUAAACAAUUGACUAAAAUUGGAAAUACAAAAACAGAUUCAUUCGCUGUUCUCAAUUCAAAAGCACAAGUUAAAGGCAUUAAAAAUUUACGCGUAUGUGAUAUAUCUAUAUUUCCCAAAAUACCUGGAUAUUAUCCACUUAUUCCAAUUAUAACAGCUUGCGAAAAAAUAGCCGAUGAUAUUAUUAAACAUGCUAAAUAUUAG